AUGCACCACGCAAACUACCUGUCCACUUCGCUUAACGACCACAAUUUGUAUGAAAUCUCCAUCGGCUCCGGCGCCAGCAACAAUAUGGCUUCGAAGAAGAAGCUUUCCUCACAAGUGAAGCGCGUGACGCUGAUGUCGUCGCUCCCGUCGUUGAGCGAGCUGAAGCGGCCUGGCGAAUAUUACAUUCAGAAAAUCAACCAGCUGUCGCUUAGUUUGAAUGCUCCCAAGACGCCUAAGAACACACUUCCCCCUGCAGAGGCACCCCGGCCGUACCUGGGGCCUUACAUGAAUUCUGACAUUUCAAACGGUUCUAAUGAUGACUCCUCUCUGGAUGGGUCUAGUCAGUUUGACUGCCCAGACUCGCGAUUGAGUUCUUUGACAUCAAAUUCAAUGUGCUCGAACCGGGGGAGCCACGGAUCGCACAAACUGGACUCGAAGACUCCAAACGACUCGGCUGUCCAUGAUGAUACAUCAGACGAGGCCUUGGAUGAGGUGGGACAGAUGAACUCGUCCAUAUCAACUAUCACUCUUCGUUCGGAAGAUCGGGCGUCGUCUUUUUCAAGUACGUCUCUGCAAAAGCCGCUCCCACCAGUCUUCCCAAAAAGAAAUGCUUCCAGCUCCUCCUCAUCUGACUUGACCAAUGCUCCUGGUUUCCGUCCUGGUGCUCCCAAGUUGCGCUCAGUUUCCACUUCUAUGUUGCCCCAUAAAAUAUCAAGCUCGCCCAGUUCUACUAAUGCGCUUCAUAGAGUGGGCACGCUGUCGUCGUAUAUGUUGACCAGGUCUAAGACCAGGUACUAUAAUCCAAAGGAAACGAAAGAGAGGAAGCAGUUACGCAAGAAGCUUUAUGACGACAAUGACGACGAUGACGAGAUUCUACCCAAUGAUUUGGAUCUAGUCUUCAACGUGCCGGUGAUCAAAAAUCAUGCGGAGAUUUGUAUGAGCCGUCGUGGUUCCUCCUCGUCUUCUUUGUCUCGCAAGGACCUUGUAAAUGCUGAUGACGAUAAAUUCAACUCAUUUAAUACUGCCAUGAAGCCUUGUCCUUUGCCGGGUAAGCUUAGUCAUGCUAACCUUUCUGUUGAGACUUCUCUUCCGACAAUGGACGAAAGAGAAGAAAUGUCACCUUCCGUGAAAAAUCCUAAACAUUCGGACGACGAGUUUGAUCCUGAUAACUCUUUUUCCUUCAAUAACGAUAGUGAGAUCAGUAACAACAUUUCUGAUUUCUAUAAUCAGCGUUCUAUGUCGUAUUCGAAGCUUGUGAAGGAGUCUCGUGAACAGCAAAUGAUCUACAAACUUCCAAAUUACAUCAAAUCCCAGACCUCUGUGGAUGACUUGUCUUUGUUCUCGCCGGAGAAACUCGAAGCCGUUGAUCAAUCUAGACCAAUCAAUUUGCCUCCGAAAAACACAAAUGAAAAGCUGAAGCACACGAGGGAGUUCUAUAAGUUUUUAAGCAACUACGAGCUUAAUACGAAGCAUCAGAGUCAAUCUAGAAAGCGUCUGUGUGAGUCUUUCAUCAGCAACCAGCAAAGUUGGUUCAAAUUGAUGGUCACGGUGAACGAGCCAAAAGAAUUCACUAAGAAGUUGUCAAGUGAAAAGAAUCAACUUCGUAAAUUGAACUGGGAGUCCUUGAUAUCUGACAGGUUCAGAUUCGAUUACUUCAAAAAUGUUUUGGCUGCAAAUCUCGGUCCUGACGCUGUUCUGAACAUUGAAGCAUCUUACAAAAACUCUGAGGCUCGUUACGCCCAGCUUUCCGAUAAGAUGAUUGCCAACAAGGACUGUUUGUUUGACAGAAUCAUCAAGGAUGUUUUACAAAGACCACUUUUCAAGACGUUUAUGGUGGAAGCGGCAUCUAGCGAUAACAACUUCAAUUUUGGGGAGUUCAAUUCGAACUUCAAGUAUCUUUUGUAUAUGUUGUCGCUCUCGGAAGGUGGGUUAAAGAAGCAUCACGAGGUCUUCUUUGUCCCCGUUUUCUUGAUCUUAUUCCAAUCUCAUGAGUCAGUGAGCAAUAUCUAUGUGUUGAUCGAGAUGUUCGACAAGGCGAUCCUCACAGAUGAUGUUGUUGCCGAUAUUAAUAAGUACUUGGGUAGGUUCUCGAACCUUUCCAACAUGUCAUCAUCAAGCAUGCCGUACAAGAUCUUGAGCAAGUUCCAGUCCUUAGACGAAUUUGAGUACUUGAACUUCACUAGCUUCUUCGACAUCAUGAUUCAGUUGAACGAUAAACUACCAUUGAGCUUGAGUGCGCCUUCCACGCCGAUUGUUAGUCAAGGAGCGUUUGGUCCGUUGAGUUCAGCCAAACACUCUGCAGAGUUCUCGGAGCAGGAAAGAGGCUCCACAAGCGGUCCUAACUCGAUGGAAAGUUUAAGUGAUCUCGACAUGAGAUCUAACCUUUCGCUGUCGUCAUCAAUGAGCCUAAUUGGUAUAUUCUUGCAACUUCUUGUCAUUUACUCCAACUCCCCGAAGAGUAAGAACAAGAACAUUCUGAAGAUGUUCCAAGGGUUCCUUCUUACGAUCUUCAAGUACUACCAUAUCAACUGGAAUAGCUACUCUGAGCUCAUCAAAGCCAACAAAUCCAUUAAGUUGAAUAACAGCAGUGACCAAACCUGCAACUUGGAGUCAUUUCUUGACAAGUGGAAGGACAUCUUCAACAAAAUGUAA